ACCAAGAGAAUAACAGUUUUGGGUGUGCUCGUGUAUAAUUUUUGUAGGCUGCUGAUAUAUAGAAUAGAAAGAAAGAUCAGAUGGGGCUGAUGGAUUAUGUCGGCCACAUUUGGAUUUAUUUUAAUGAACAUCAACGUGGCGGCCGUGCCCAGACGAUCGACUAGCAGCCAAGUGGGAAACUAAUACUUCUUUCCUCUGCAUGCCCUUUCCCCCUCUCUUUUCUCAUGUAGUAUCCUCUUCUAUUUAUAUAUAAUAGAGAAUAGCUUUUGAAGCAAAGGGAUUAGUUUUUUUUUUCCGUUAGGAUACUUGUUGAGGGUUUAGGGUUUUUUUUUUUUUGUUCUGUCAUGGAAGGUGAUUGUUGUUCAAGUUCAAGUUCAACAAGCGGAGAGAAGAGGAAGCAAAGGCAACAGCAAAAAGAGAAGCCAUUCAGAGGGAUAAGGAUGAGGAAGUGGGGCAAGUGGGUGGCUGAAAUCAGAGAACCAAACAAGAGAUCUAGGAUUUGGCUCGGCUCUUACACCACUCCUAUAGCAGCUGCUCGUGCCUAUGACACCGCAGUUUUCUACUUGCGUGGGCCUUCCGCUAGGCUCAACUUCCCUGACCUCAUAUUACAAGAAGAUGACAUUAGGGAUAUCUCACCCGCUUCCAUACGCAAGAAAGCAACCGAGGUGGGGGCUAAAGUCGACGCUUUACAAACCUCGCUUCAUCACGCUUCAUCAUCAAAAUCAUCAAACCAUAGUCGAGUUUUCCUGAAGCCUGAUUUGAACAAGUAUCCCGAAAGCUCCGAAGAAGAUUGAAACGAUACAAAAGUGACGAUCAUAACCCAAAAAAUGAAAACAAAAAUCAACAACUGUUCAUAGGCACCGCCCUUUUUUUUUUCUUAUGUCUUUUGAUUCUCAUCAAAUAUCAACUGCCAAAGAAUAGAAUCAAUAAAAAAAAAUGGAUUGAUUCUGUUCGAUAAGGUUAUGUUUUACUUUGGGAAUACAAGGUUUGUUUUUUGUUUACGUUAUUUUUUACUA